GAGAGGCGAGCGCACGGAGGAGCGCAGGGGCGUGGCCACGUUGGCCGCCCGGACCGUUAAAUUUGAAUCUUGGCGGCUAGGGAUGCGGGCUUGAGGUGGCUGGUUUGUAAGGGAGUCUAGUGUGUGCUUUGGUCGCUUCUGUAGCUCCGAGAGCAGGUUGCGGAAGAAAGCCCGGGCAGUCUGCGGCCCAGAGGAAAGGCCUGCAGCCGAAGAGGACCUGAGCCAGGAAUGCAGGAUGGCGGCGGUAAAGAAGGAAGAGGGUGCUCUGAGUGAAGCCAUGUCCCUGGAGGGAGAUGAAUGGGAACUGAGUAAAGAAAAUGUACAACCUUUAAGGCAAGGGAGGAUCAUGUCCACACUUCAGGGAGCAUUGGCACAAGAAUUUGCCUGCAACAAUGCUCUUCAGCAGCAGAAACGGGCAUUUGAAUCUGAAAUUCGCUUUUACACUGGAAAUGACCCUCUGGAUGUUUGGGAUAGGUAUAUCAACUGGACAGAGCAGAACUAUCCUCAAGGUGGGAAGGAGAGUAACAUGUCAACGUUAUUAGAAAGAGCUGUAGAAGCAUUACAAGGAGAAAAGCGAUAUUAUAGUGAUCCUCGAUUUCUCAAUCUCUGGCUUAAAUUAGGGCGUUUAUGCAAUGAGCCUUUGGAUAUGUACAGUUACUUGCACAACCAAGGGAUUGGUGUUUCACUUGCUCAGUUCUAUAUCUCAUGGGCAGAAGAAUAUGAAACUAGAGAAAACUUUAGGAAAGCAGAUGCAAUAUUUCAGGAAGGGAUUCAACAGAAGGCUGAACCACUAGAAAGACUACAGUCUCAGCACCGACAAUUCCAAGCUCGAGUGUCUCGACAAACUCUUUUGGCACUUGAGAAAGAAGAGGAAGAGGAAGUUUUUGAGUCUUCUGUACCUCAACGAAGCACACUAGCUGAACUAAAGAGCAAAGGGAAAAAGACAGCAAGAGCUCCAAUCAUCCGUGUAGGUGGUUCUCUCAAGGCUCUAAGCCAGAACAGAGGACUCCAAAAUCCAUUUCCUCAACAGAUGCAAAGUAAUAGUAGAAUUACUGUUUUUGAUGAAAACACUGAUGAGACUUCUAGAGAAGAGUUGUCUAAGCCUACAGUCCAGCCAUGGACAGCACCCCCCGUGCCCAGGGCCAAAGAAAAUGAGCUACAAGCAGGCCCCUGGAACACAGGCAGGCCCUUGGAACACAGGCCUCGUGGCAAUACAGCUUCGCUGAUAGCUGUACCUACUAUGCUUCCCAGUUUUACUCCAUAUGUGGAAGAGACUGCACAACAGCCAGUAAUGACACCAUGUAAAAUUGAACCUAGUAUAAACCACGUCCUAAGCACAAGAAAGCCUGGAAAGGAAGAAGGAGAUCCUCUGCAAAGGGUUCAGAGCCAUCAGCAAGCAUCUGAGGAGAAGAAAGAGAAAAUGAUGUAUUGUAAGGAGAAGAUUUAUGCAGGAGUAGGGGAAUUCUCCUUUGAAGAAAUCCGGGCUGAAGUUUUCCGGAAGAAAUUAAAAGAGAAAAGGGAAGCCGAGCUAUUGACCAGUGCAGAGAAGAGAGCAGAAAUGCAGAAACAGAUUGAAGAGAUGGAGAAGAAGCUAAAAGAAAUCCAAACUACUCAGCAAGAAAGAACAAGUGAUCAGCAAGAAGAGAAGAUGCCUACAAAGGAGACAGCUAAACUGCGAAUUGCUUCUGAGUCCCAGGAAAUACCAGGAAUGACUCUAUCCAGUUCUGUUUGUCGAGUAAACUCUUGUGCCAGAGAAACUUCACUUUCGGAGAACAUUUGGCAGGAGCAACCUCAUUCUGAAGGUCCCAAUAUAUCUUUCUCCAUUUUUGAUGAGUUUCUUCUUUCAGAAAAGAAGAAUAAAAGUCCUCCUGCAGAUCCUCCACAGGUUUUAGCUCAACGAAGACCCCUUGCAGUUCUCAAAACCUCAGAAAGCAUCACUUCAAAUGAAGAUGUGUCUCCAGAUGUUUGCGAUGAAUUUACAGGAAUUGAACCCUUAAGUGAGGAUGCCAUUAUCACAGGCUUCAGAAAUGUAACAAUUUGUCCUAAUCCAGAAGACACUUGUGACUUUGCCAGAGCUGCUCAUUUUGUAUCUACUCCUUUUCAUGAGAUAAUGUCCUUGAAGGAUCUCCCUUCUGAUCCUGAAAGACUGCUGGAGGAAGAGGAUCUAGAUGUAAAGACCUCUGAAGACCAGCAGACAGCUUGUGGCACUCUCUACAAUCAGACUCUCAGCAUCAAGAAACUGAGCCCAAUUAUUGAAGAUAGCCGUGAAGCCACACACUCCUCUGGCUUCUCUGGAUCUUCUGCAUCGGUUGCAAGCACCUCCUCCAUUAAAUGUCUUCAAAUUCCUGAGAAACUAGAACUUACUAAUGAGACUUCAGAAAACCCUAUACAGUCACCCUGGUGUUCACAGUAUCGUAGACAACUGCUGAAGUCCCUACCAGAGUUAAGUGACUCUGCAGAGCUUUUUAUAGAAGACAGACCAAUGCCUAAGUUGGAAAUUGAGAAGGAAAUUGAAUUAGGAAAUGAAGAUUAUUGCAUUAAACGAGAAUACCUAAUAUGUGAAGAUUACAAGUUAUUCUGCGUGGCACCAAGAAACUCUGCAGAGUUAACCAUAAUAAAGGUAUCGUUUCAACCUGUCCCAUGGGACUUUUAUAUCAACCACAAGUUAAAGGAACGUUUAAAUGAGGCGUGUGAUCAUUUGUGCAGCUGUUAUCAAUAUCAAGAUGGCUGUAUUGUUUGGCACCAGUAUAUUAACUCCUUCACCCUUCAGGAACUUCUCCAACACAGUGAAUAUAUUACCCAUGAAAUAACAGUGUUGAUUAUUUAUAACCUUUUGACAAUAGUGGAGAAACUACACAAAGCAGAAAUAGUCCAUGGUGACUUGAGUCCAAGGAGUUUGAUUCUCAGAAACAGAAUCCAUGAUCCCUAUGAUUGUAACAAGAACAAUCAAGCUUUGAAGAUAGUGGACUUUUCCUACAGUGUUGACCUUAGGGUGCAACUAGAUGUUUUCACCCUCAGUGGCUUUCGGACUGUACAGAUCCUGGAAGGACAAAAGAUCCUGGCUAACUGUUCUUCUCCCUACCAGGUAGACCUGUUUGGUAUAGCAGAUUUAGCACAUUUACUAUUGUUCAAGGAACACCUACAGGUCUUCUGGGAUGGGUCCUUCUGGAAACUUAGCCAAAAUAUUUCUGAGCUAAAAGAUGGUGAAUUGUGGAAUAAAUUCUUUGUGCGGAUUCUGAAUGUCAAUGAUGAGGCCACAGUGUCUGUUCUGAGGGAGCUUGCAGCAGAAAUGAAUGGGGUUUUUGACACCACUUUCCAAAGUCACCUGAACAAAGCCCUAUGGAAGAGAGGACCUGUUUUGCCCUGGAAAUUAAUAUAUCCUAGACUUAGAACUGUUAUGAGAGGAUAAUAACGAGACAGAGUAGCCAACUAUUUCUUAAGGUGUGUCUGACCUUUGAAUAAAUGGUCUAGACUGAAAAGAAGGUAAGAUGAUAUGCAUAAGACCAAAUUUCCUUAAAUUUCAAGUGGCAUGAUUGUAUUUAUGGCUUAUGUUUUAAUGUUUUCACUUUUUUUGGAGACAGGGUCUCCUCUGUUCCCCAGGCUAUCCAGCCUUGACUUCCCAGGCUCUGGCAAUUCUCUCACCUCAACCUUCCAAGUAUGCCUGGAAGUACAGGCACAUGCCACCACACCUGGCUUAUUUUUUUGUAUUUUUGUAAAAAUGGGACUUUACCACUUUGCCCAGGUUGGUCUUGAACUCCUGGGCUCAAGUUAUCUGCCCACCUCAGCCUCCCAAAGUGCUGGGAUUACCCAGCCCUAAUGAUUUCACUUUUAUCCACCAAGCUCCUUGGUCUAUUUAUAUAAUCUAGUGGCACUGCUACUGGGUCUCUUGCUUAGGAAUGUGACUGUUAGAAAGUAAAAGCAAACAUGUUGAACAGGGUUUAGCAACCUUUCAGAAAUGGAAUAAUCACCAUUCUAUUACAUGCAGAAUGACUUGAGGGGGGCAAGGGUCAGUGAAGGAAUACAAGGAAAUUUUGUUUGAAAGAUUUGAGGAAGCAGGAGGUCAAAUAAAAAGAUAACUUUGAAGCAUGAAAUAAUUUGGGAAAGAAUAGGCUUAGAAAAAGUUGGACUUCCAAAGAGAAGCAUGAAUUACAUACACCUGGCCUCAAGGAUAGGAAAGAAAAUUGGUAGAAAAAGGCAAUGAAAAUUAUUCAGUUAUUAGCUGGGCACCAUGACUCACACCUGUAGUCCCAGCACUUUGGGAGGCCAAGGAGGGAGAUUCAAAUGAGGCCAGGAGUUUGAGAGCUUCCUGGGUGACAAAGUGAGCCCCAUCUCUACAAAAUAAAUAUAAAUUAGUUGGGUGCAGUGCCACAUGCCUGUAGUCCUAGCUACUUUGGAAUCUGAAGCAAAAGGAUUGCUUGAGCCUGGGAGUUCAAGGUUUAGUGAGCUAUGAUUGCACCACUGCACGACAGAGCAAGACCCUGCCUCUCAAUAAAAGAAAGAAAAUUAUCUAAUUAUUUCAUAUCCUAAAUAACAAAAUUAGCUAAUGUUCCUCCAUGCUAGUGCUUUAUUUUUUUUACUCUAGUAAAAAGUCACUGUUCCUGCUCUAAGAUUGCUGGAAAGCAGAAAAUUCUAUGUAUGUCUUAACUAAAAAUAUUUAAGCAUAUAUAGUUGAAGCAAUGCAGCAUGACUUGGAUCUGAAAUAUAAUCAACUUAGAAAUAUUUGCUCUUAACCAAAAUACAGCUCUCCAAACAUUCUCACAUUUGCUUCUAGUACUGAUGAUGUAAAAUGAUUUAUCUGUAUCUUUUAAAUAAGCCCCUCUCCUCUCUGCUCUACUCAUUUCUCAGUUCACUGUGUUGACACAUAAAGUUAUUUCUCUGAGACUGGACAGUAAAUAUAGAUUCCUUCUUAUUGUAGGCUUAGCUACUAUCUAGUGAAUUCUUUAGCAAGCUUGAGGGCAGGCUGCUGUGUAAAUAAAGCUUUGUUUCUGAAAGUAGGCUGUGAGGAAAGGGAGGGGAAUCUGAGGAAGCUACUUUGUUAGAGAACUUGUAUCUGUUUUACCAACCCUCCUUCCAUUCCAGUCUCCUCCAACCCCAGCCCUUCUUUGUAGAGAGGAGAAAAUGGUACCUGACCAAUUAGGACUUAUAAUGUCAUAGGUUUUCUGUUUGCCUAAGCAUAAAACCACAAAGUGAAAUCCUUUCCAUUUCCCUUAUAUUAUAUGCUUGUUUGUCUUGGAAGAAGGAAGCCUUUCCUUUUUGGCAGAAGUUUCAAAUGGAUUUUAUUUCUUGUCUCACUAAGGCAGUAAUAGUGUAGUGAUGGACCUGGUGGGGUAGUAGGGGACAGCUGAAAAGACAGGAGUUUUACUUUUGUUUUAAAACAGACCACAUAACAUAUAGCAUCUCACCAUUCACAGUGUUGUUAUGUCUGCCAAUCUUACUCCACUGUUAGAGCCUUCAUCCUCCUAUGGCAGUAGUGUAAGAAAAUUUCCACCAAAUCAGAGUGCUCUUACUGAAGCCAAACCUGAAUCUGGAAAUAAAAAGAUUUUCAUGGAGCAGUAGGACUUCAGACUGUUGGUUGGCUAUUAUCUCAAGAUAAAUAAGAAAGCCUUUCAGGUUGGCACAAGGUUCUUGGAAAUAACUCACUGGUGGCUUUAAGCAAGGACAGCAAAGAAGUGCUUUUCUGUUGCAUCUGAAAAUGAGGAAUUCUUCCAGCUGCACCAGUUCUUUCUAAUAUGCCAAAAUUUUCUUCUAAUUUGGCUCCUAAAAUUAAGGUUUUCCUAGUGAGGAGAAUUCAUUUAAAAAAAAUUUUUUUUUAAUAUGGUAAACUUCUACCUUAAUGGGAUCCUUGGUUCUACCAAAGAUGUAAGAAGCAAUCAAUAUUUAAUAGGUCAAAGGUGGCAUUUUAAGUCAGUAUGUGAAAAGAUUAUUCAAUAACUGGUAUUAAAACUGGAUUAGGGGCCGGGUGCAGUGGCUCACACCUGUAAUCCUAGCACUUUGGGAGGCCAAGGCAGGCGGAUCAUGAGGUCAAGAGAUGGGGACCAUCUUGGCCAACAUGGUGAAACUCUGUCUCUACUAAAAAUACAAAAAUUAGCUAGGUGUGGUGGCAUGUGCUUGUAGUCGCAGCUACUCAGGAGGCUGAGGCAGGAGAAUCACUUGAACCCAGGAGGUAGAGGUUGCAGUGAGCUGAGAUUGCACUACUGCACUCCAGACUGGGUGACAGAGCAAGACUCCAUCUUAAAAAAAAAAAAAAAAGAUAGAUUAGGCCAGGUGCGGUGACUCAUGCCUGUAAUCACAGCACUUUGGGAGGCUGAGAUGGGUGGAUCUACCUGAGGUCAGGAGUUUGUGACCAGCCAGGGAAACAUCGUGAAACCCCUUCUCUACUAAAAAUACAAAAUUAAUUGGUUGUGGUGGCUCAUGCCUGUAAUCCCAGCUACUUGGGAGGCUGAAGCAGGAGAAUCACUUGAACCCAGGAGGUGGAGGUUGCACUUAGCCAAGAUCAUGCCAUUGUACUCCAGCCUACGCAACAAGAGUGAAACUCUGUCUCAAAAACAAAAAAUGAAAACAAAACAAAACAAAAAACCCGCAGUGGAUUAAAGCUUGAACUCUAUCUCCAGUGCCACCACUAGUUCAUAUAGCACCUUUGUGUAAAUUAGAAAAGACCCCUUCCUCUAGGAUUCAGUACCUCCCAGUGUGCCAUAGCCUGAGUGAAUUUCAGUCCCCACUUAACCCCCUCAGCCUGGUACCCUUGUGCAGCAAAUAAAUUGUGUGGUCUUACACAGUGAUCUUGCCUGUUUCACUGCUUAUCCCCAAAAUGAUUUUAGAGAAAUCAAAUUUUAAUCAAAAUACAAUGUAUUUUGUAUUUUGGUUUUGUAAUCUUUUGCCUGUGUGACAUAAAAGCAAUAUAUAAAUAAGAAGAUUGCUAUGACUAUAGCAGAUAAAAAAUAUAGCAUGGCCACCUGUCCUUCCCUGCAAAAAAAAAAAAAAAAAAAUUAAAACACCAUAAAGUUAAAAUUUAGUGACAAUAAAUAUUUACAUCUUUUUAUUCCUUGAGUCAGAUCUUGCUCUAUCGCCUGGGCUGCAGUGUAGUGGUGAGAUCAGUCUCCAGGUUUCAGGCCUCCCAAGUAGCUGGGACUGUUGGUACACACCACCACACCUGUCUAAUUUUUAACAUUUUUAGUAGAGACAUCAUGUCUCUCUGUGUUGCCCAGGCUUGCAUUCACUUUCAUCUGGUCUCAUGACUUAUCUUUGUUCCUAUCCACCUUCAGACAAAUCAGAACCCUCCAAAGACUUUACUAUGGCCCAUAAGACCCUACCAUGUCUGACCCCACUUUCUCUGACCUCUUCCCUGACUCCCUUCUUCCUUACCCACACUGCUGUAGUCUAUCUGCCUCCUUGCUGCUUCUGAAAUGUGCCAACUAAUUUCCCUCUCCCUCUCCUUGAAGUCUUUUGGCUUUAAAGGCCAGAUGUUUUUUGGCAGAAAAAACAUUUCUGCCUGAAAUGUUCUUUUCCUUGAUCUUUGUGUAAAUUACUUCCUUUCUUCCUUUCAGGUAGGUGCCUUCUCAAAUCUCUAUCAGUGAGGCUGUCCCUGACCACUCUGUACACUGUACAAAAUAGCAUCCCAUCCCACACACAGUGCUGUCACUUUCUAUCCCUUUUUACCCUCCUUUGUUUUCUGUAGCACCUGUUACCACCUUGUGGGUACACACGCGUGUGUCUGUGUGUGUACCUAAGAUUUUUUUCCUUCAUCUCUCUACUAGAAUUUAAAUUCCUUUAGGGCAGGGAUUUUUGUUUUGUUUUCUGUUUGACUACACUGUCUAGAACAGUGCCUGAAUGAAUGAAACUUACUUUACCUAAAGUGCAAAAAACUCUUAAAAAAUUGAAAACCAAAAGAAAUAGGCAAAGGACAUGAACAAUAUACUAAAACAUUUUAAUGGCUCACAUACAUGAGAUGUUUAUUCCUAAUUAAAUGCAAAAUCAUUGAGAAAUUGUCAUCUUUCACUGUAAAUGGUUGAAAAUUGUAAAGAUGAUAAGAAACAGGUACUCAUAUAUUAGUUGGGAUACAAACUGGCACAUUAUUAGCAGUUGAUUCAGCAAAAUUUACUUAAAUACUACCUUUAGCUGAGAAACUUUUCUAAGAAUUUAUCUCACAAAAACAUUGACACAGGGGCUCAGAGAAAACACUGAUCCUAAUACUUGUCUUCUCUGCUUCCAAGGCUUGUCAGUCCCCAAAGGGAUAAUCCACAUGACAGACCCCAGAAAAGUAGUCCUGGAACUAGUAUAGAGGAGCUGGCAGACCAUCUCUAUAGGCUUCAGGGUGCUGCGUCAUUGGCAGGGAGUGCUCUUCCAAUUUGCCAUGAACCCUUGGAGACAGCAGAACCUGAGCUAGACAGACAUUUUCAGCCUAUGUAGGGAAAAAAAGCUGUGGGGAAAAAAGUGAUUGCCUUUGGUGGGGAGGGUGUAUGAGAGAGGAAAGAAUGAAUGCUUUUUCUUUUUAAUUUGUACAUUUAUAAGCAUUUUGAAUUUUCUGAUCAUGUAUAUGAAUUGCUUUUUAAAAAAAAAAUGUACUGGGUUAAUCUAGGCUAAGAAAUUAUAGGCCAUGUUUUUGUCAUCUUUUCCCUCCUGUAUGUUAUAAAAAAUAAGCCUUUUAAGUGUUUUUUGAAAAAUGAACAUUUGGAAAGCUUUAUUAUCUAAAUAUGAAAGCAAAGUUGAUAUGGAAUUCAAAUGAGAGUAAAACUUAUUUUAAAUCUUUGAUGAUAAUAUGUCUGAGCUUUUAUUUUUAGUAUAUAAAAAUUCAUGUUGAAAUGUUUAAUGUUCUAUUAGAGAUAUGCUUUGUAAAAUUACCAUCUUCUUACUAUUACAACUUCCUAUGUUUGUGAACAAGAUACCAAAUUACAUAAAAUCCAACUAUUUUCAAAACAAAAUACAUUUUUUAUGGCUUUCAUAUAAAAACUUGAGUUUCCACAAAGUUAUCUUGUAUGUUUAAGAAAAGAACAAAAAGUGAUGAACUUAGGAUAAACAUCUAUAGACACAGACUUUUUUUUUUUUGAGAUAGAUAGAGUUUUGCUCUUGUUGCCCAGGCUCGAGUGUAAUGGCACGAUCUCGGCUCACCACAGCCUCUGCCUCAGACUCCCAAGUAGCUGGGAUUACAGGCAUGCACUAUCAUGCCUGGCUAAUUUUAUAUUUUUAGUAGAGACAGGGUUUCUCCAUGUUGAUCAGGCUGAUCUUGAAUUCCUGACCUCAGGUAAUUCGCCCGCCUCAGCCUCCCAAAUUGCUGGGAUUACAGGCGUGAGCCACCAUGCCCAGCUGAUAUGUGCUUUUUUUUCCAUCAAAGCAUGUUACUUCCAAUAAUCUUGCUCUUGAGAGGCUUGCGUGGCAAACCUUUGGCUUCUGAGCAGUGUUGUUCUGUAAAUUCAUGUUAGCCGUUCCAUCAAGAGACUGGUUGUCCCAUCAAACUGCUAGUUUUUAAGCCCCUUGUGAGUAGGGGACUAUGUGUCUAUUAAUUUUGUAUACUCCCAGAAAUGAGCACAUGGUUCUUAAAAAUAUGUGGUGAAUUAAAAUAUUGGAAAGGAGCAGCCACAAGUUCAGAAAGUAGUUAUACUGGAGCCUUGGUGACAGGGAAGAAAUUUGAGUGAGCCUGUAGAUAUAGCUGAAAGUGUAAUCUCCCUAUCAUUUUUAGUAUUUCACUUUAUACAUGUUUCUUUAACAUGUAAUAAUUGACUGCUGACCUUACAUUGCAAUAUACUUCAUCUGGUUUAUACCUUUUUAAAUUAAAUGUUAUUUUCUCAGGUAUGUUCCACUGAAAUGUGUACUGUAUUUCCUGUUAAAUUACUUCAAUCUUAAAGUAAGGAUGGCAUUUCAUAAAAAUAAAUACCAAUUAAAAUCUGUGGACAAAAAGAUAUGUAUUUUGUUUUAUUUUUAUUUUUAUUUUUUUGGCAUUUUAAAGCCUAGCUGUCCAGGCGCAGUGGCUCAUGGCUGUAAUCCCAGCACUUUGGGAGGCUGAGGAGGGCAGAUCACAUGAGGUCAGGAGUUCAAGACCUGCCUGACCAACAUCGAGAAACCCCAUCUCUACUAAAAAUACAACAUUAGCUAGGCAUGGUGGCACAUGCCUGUAAUCCCAGCUACUUGGAAGGCUGAGGCAGGAGAAUUGCUUGAACCCAGGAGGCGAAGUUUAUGGUGAGCUGAGAUCGCACCACUGCACUCCAUCCUGGGCAACAAGAGUGAAAUUCUGUCUCAAAAAAAAGCCUAGCUGGCCUUUUUUUUUUCCACCUAAGAGAUGGGGUUUCACCAUGUUGCCCAGGCUGGUCUCAAACUCGUGAGCUCAAACAAUUUGACGACCUUGGCCUCCCAAAAUGCUGGGACAACAGGCAUGAGCCGCACCUGGGUUUUAUUUGUUUCCUUUUGCAUUUUAAACAAAAAUGAAAAAUCUAAUAUCACUAGAACAAAGUGAUAACGUAAUUUAAAAAGAUGAAAUGCCUGAAGCUUCAGUGAUACUGUCUCAUUCAAGGAAACAGUAGCUAAGGGUGAAUGAGUGUGCAGUGAGUCCAGAGUCCCAGCGAGUCCAGGAGGUCAGGCUGGGAGUAAUAUGAGCGAGGCAGAAUAGACAAACACUAACUAGCAUUGCCAGGAGGGACGUUUCAAGUCAAGUGUACCCAUCACUGAAUAGAUAUAAAAGCCAUCGCUCAGGACUCAUGCAUGUUCAAUAUCCUACCACAUGGACCAGUGGUCGAGGUUCUGGGGUAUAGGCUGUUGGGGGCAGCAGCAUAGUUCCUCCCUGUACCAUUCCUCUGCAACAUUCUAUUAUGAAUUGCCUUGGACUUGUCUAUGUGUAUGGCCUUACCUCUCCAACUCGGAUGAGUUUGUUGGGGGCGAGUUCUCUUUAUGCCCUGGUUAGGACUUCAAUAUAGUGCUCACAUUGUAAGGGGUCAACUUUGUAGGCCCAAGGUCUGCUUAGAACCUUCUCAGCAAUAGAUGACUCUUCCUAUGGUACCGAACCAGACACUAGCAUGGUGGCUAGAAAUUCUGUCUUUAGCCAGAAUAUUUGGAUUUGAAUCCUAGCUGUGUAGCACUGGAUACGUUACUUAACCUCUCUGAGCCAGUGUCAUCUAUGAAAUGAGGAUAAUUGAAGGGCCUACUUGACAGAGGAUUGAGAACUGAAGCUUUAAGUACACAUACUUGUAGAUGUUGGUAUUGAUUUAGUUCUAAUGUUUAAUGGUCUGAGGUUCUCUGGAAAUCUCAAGUAAUUUGAGAUCUCAGCUGGUUGAUCUUAGCCUUUCUAUCUUUUGAUUUAAUAUACAUAGUAUAGCUAAACAUUUAAUAUAAUAAAAGUAAGUGAAAGAAAUGUGGUAUUCUGUAACUUAAAGAUAGGGGAAACUUUGUUAUUUCUAUCAGGAUAAGUUUCAGGGAACCAAAUAUUUAUGCUUAAAGAGAUAGUCCUUAAGAUCAGCCAAAUACCAAGGUAUCAGGAAAGUCCAUCCAGUCUUCAUUCUCAGUCCACAAGGUCAUUUCAGCCCAAAGGACCUCUGGCUUGCAGCUGGGCUGCUUCUGUGCCAUGUUCAGAGCACAGAGAUCUUGAAAAGGCUGUCUUGGGUCCUGUUUGUUCCGAGGUACCAGGCAGGGUCUUGCUGCCCACCAGCCACUUAGGUGUAUCUCAGUCUUCCUCUCCGCAACCAGGAAAAAUGGCUUUCUAGCUUAGGGGACAUGGCCUACUGAUGCCAUUUAAGGCGUCUAGUCUCUUCCUGAGACUCAUGUUGCUAGAAACAACAAGAUGUAGUCAACAGUGGACCACAUAUCUGACUGUGGUCCCAUGAGAUUAUAAUAUCAUAAUUUUUAUGUACCUUUUCUAUGUGUAAAUAUGUUUAUUUUUAUUAUUUUUUGAGACAGGGUCUCUGUUGCAGGCUGGAGUGUGGUGACAUGAUCAUAGUUCACUGCAGCUUGAUCUUCUGGGCUGAAGCGAUUCUCCCACCUCAGCCUACCAAGUAGGUGGGACUACAGGUGUAUGCUACCACACCUGGCUAAUUUUCUUUUUUUUUUUAAAUGAGAGACAUUAUCUCACUAUGUUGCCCAGGCUGGUCUCAAACUCCUGAACUCAAGGGAUCCUCCUACCUCGGCCUUCCAAAAUUCUGGUAUUACAGGUAUGAGCCACUGCCCGCAGCCUAAACAUGUUCCAAUACACAUAUGCAUACCUUUGUGUCCCAACUGCCUACAGUAUUCAGUACAGUAACAUGCUGUGCAUGUUUGUAGCCUAGGGGCAGUAGGCUACACCAUAUAGCCUAGGUUUGUAGUAGGCUUUUACCAUCGAAGUUUGUGUAACUAUACUCUGAUGUUUGCAGGAUGAAACUACCUAACGACGCAUUUCUCAGAAUGUAUCUCUGUCAUUAAGCGAGUAUCUGUUAUUAAACAAUGCAUGACUGUAUUUCUGUAUUAUGCUCUGCUAUGUCCCUCACCUGAGCCAAUGAAUAAAAGGUGAUCACCUGCUUAAUAGGAAAAAGGAAAGGGGGAAAUAAUAGGAAGCCCUGUGAACUCAAUUCAGGAACUGAAAAAUCUGGGCUCAACAGCUGCUUGAUCUGGUUAGGUCACUCUGCCUUUGCUUGCCCAUCUAAACUAGUACUGAUGGCUCCUACCGCAAAGGGUUCUUAUGAGAAUAAACACAAAACAGUAGAUGAGCAUGGAAGUUCCUUGGCUUAUAGCAAGAAGUGAUUUGCAUCUGCUUCCCCAGCAUCCAGCCCUGGGCAAGGCACAUGGGAGGCAGUAGGAGCUGGUGCAAACCACUGGUGAAUCUAAUACACUGUUGAGAGAGAUGCCUGACAUUCUUACUCACUCAGGCCCGCAGCUGCAACCUGUUGACUCCUGUUUUACUCUUUGUUGAACAUGGAAAUGUGUUCAUUUUUGCCCUCCAGGGCAGAAAAUAAUAUCUUGGAAUGUGCAAAAAAGAUAAGGCACUAUAUAUUAAGUUCUACUGUGGCCUCCACAUUGAUGAUGGGUACCACGAAAAAUAUAACAAAAUGUAAGGCAUGCUCACGCCCUCCAGAGAGUUUAUAAUUUAGAGAAACAUGCCACAACACUUAAAAGCCAAGAUAAUAUAUGAGAGAAAUAAGUCCAUCAAAAAUGGACAUCUCAAGGGAAGUUAUGAAUGAGAGCCAACAGAGUGGCACGGUGUAUGUAGUAGACUGGAAGUAAGGGCUAGUAUGGCAUGACAGGGGCUGGAGCUGGCUUAUGUUAGGUAGUUUUCAGCUGCAAAAAAAAAAAAAAAACCCAGAAGAGCAACCCAAAAUAUCUUAAGGGGUAAGAAUAUCUGUUAUUUCACAUAACAGCAAACCUGGAGCUCAGAAGUUCAUGCAGGGGCCCAGCUGGUCCCCUGUGGGUCCCAGUUGGCUCCCACAGUUCCAAGUACCUCAACGACUUAGAGCAGCAUAAGAAAACUUUCUCCCGAGACCCUCCCAACUGGCUUCCUCACAUGUCUCUUGGCCAGAUUGUCACAUAUCUGGGCCUACGCCAAUCCCUGGCAAAGGGAAGGGCAUUACCAGGCCGGUCAUGGUGGCUCACGACUGUAAUCCCAGCACCUUGGGAGGCUGAGGUGGGUGGAUCACUUGAGGUCAGAAUUUCAAGACCAGCCUGACCAACGUGGUAAAACCCCGUCUUUAAAAAAAAAAAAAGGAAGGGCAUUACCAAGAUUGGUUUCAACUUAAGAUUCACUCCUAGGGCUGGGGCUAGGGAAGGGCCUUUCGCUGAGUACACAGGUAGGAUAGGAGUGUACAUUCUAAUAAACGGGGUUUCUUCCAGCAAGGGAGGUGAGAUGCAUUUAGAAAGGCAACCAGGCCAGGCGUGGUGGCUCACACCUGUAAUCUCAGCUACUCAGGAGGCUGAGGUGGGAGGAUCAGUUGAUCCUGUGAGUUCAAGGUUACUGUGAGCUAUGAUGGCACCACUACUCUCCAGCCUGGGUGUAAUAAACAAAGACCCCAUCUUUGUUUAUUUUUUUUUAAAGCAAUCAACAGUGUCUACUCUAUAGGUAGUGCUGGGAAGAAAAAAGGAAGGAUUUGGUAACAAAAUAGCAUCCUGGACUCUGAAACAGAUCUCCUGGGUUCAAACCCAUGUCCUGUCAUUUAAUGACCUGAGCAAAUAAGGAAACAUCACAAUGCCUUAGUUGCCUCAUCUCUGAAAUGUGAUAAUAAUGGUUCCUACCCAGACCAUAAAUUUCAUGGGCACAGGGUCUUGCUCACUGAGUUCUCCCCAGCACCUAGCAGAAAGCAUUAUACCUAGCAGGUACUUGGUAGAUACUUGUUGAAUGGGUUAGUUAAUUCUAAUGUGAGGAUUAAGUGAGAUAGUGUAUUAGGGUUCAGCACAGUGCCUAAAGUAUGUGCUCAAAAAAGUCAUUUCACUGCAGGCUUUGUAGAGACCUUGGGACCUCUACAUCAGUGGUCCCCAUCCUUUUUGGCACCUUUGGGACCGGUUUCAUGGAAGACAAUUUUUCCACAGAUGGGGGAUGGUUUCGUGGUAAAACUAGAUUUUCAACCCGGAUCCCUCACAUGUCCAGUUCACAAUAGGGCUCGCUUGCCUAUGAGAAUCUAAUGAUACAGGCAAGCGAGCCCUCUGAGUAUCAGGAGGCAGUGCUCAGGCAGUAAUGCUUGCUUGCCUGCCGCUCACCUGUGUGGCCCAGUUCCUAACAGGCCAUGGACCGGUGCCAGUCUGCAGCCCAGGGGUUGGAGACCCUGCUCUGUAUGUGUCUUUCAGUUCUUUUGCACUGCCUGUGCUGCCAGGUCAGGGUCUGCAGGGUUGACCCUUUCACUGACAAAAGACUUUUAUUUUUGGUCCUAUCCCUAGUGAAGUCCCAGUCGGUCUUUGGUAGUCCCCCCCUUUUCCUGCUCUGACAGAGACAGACCAGCCCCUCUUAUAGGGGCUGCUCCUGGGAAAGGCUCAUCCAUAGGCUAGGCCUCUGCCGGGCCUGCUGCCAGACACUGAGCCUCUGGAGAUUGAGAGCUGACACCCCACUGAGGUGUAGGGCUGCAUCCAGUCAGCACAGAGGGAGGCAUAUCCCUUGUAGCAGUACCCACAGCUCCUGUCACAGCAGGCUGUGGCCAGACCCUGGAGUGGCUCCCUCUCAGCCAUCUGUUCAGUCACCCAGAAACAGCUCCCAGUGAGUUCCUGCCUCAGUCACGUGGUGUCACACAGAAAGCCAGGGCAUUGCCACUUCCUAAUUUGAGACAAGAUAUGUAAACACGUUGAGCCUCAGACUCCUUAUCUGUAGAACUUGGGGUAAUGAUACCUACUUCAUGGUGUUUUGAGGAUUGCAUGGAAUCACAGAUGGAAAGAGCCUAGCUGUACUAUGCCUGACACAUUGGAGACUUUACAUAAAAGGGUUUUCAGCUGCUGCCACCCCCACCUUUGAAACCAAGUAUUUUCACAAUUCCAUACACCUGGUCCUGGAAAAAAGCACUCCAUUCCCCAUUCACUUACUUGAAAAACCUUAUUUUUUUUUUUUGUCCCCAAGAGAGGGUCUUGCUCUGUUGCCCAGGCUGGAGCGCAGUGGUGCAAUCUUAGCUCACUGCAGCCUCAACCUCCCAAGUAGCUGGGACUACAGAUGUGCACCACCAUGCCUGGUGAAUUUUGUUUAUUUUAUGAGAUGAGUUCUCGCUGUAGCCCAGGCUGGUCUCGAAUUCCUGAACUGAAGCGAUCCGCUGGCCUCAGCUUCCCAAAGUGCCAGGAUUAAGGUGUGAGCCACCAUACCUGGCCUGAAAGAAAGCCUUUUCUCCUGAGGGAAAACUGUUCUGGAAGUCAACAGCAGAGUCCCUUGCCAGGGCCACUUCUAAUCCUGAUGAGAUUCUGGCCUGUACUCCCUUCCCUCAUAUUUUGUAUAGUAUUGUGAUUAGAGAUUGGGUAAAAAGGGAAGACCUUGCCAAAUGGUGCCCACCUGCUACCCUUUCCGGCUGUCUGCUGACAUUGCUCACUUGUGUUGAGUCUCAUCACUGACUGUGCCUGCCCUUGGCCCCUGCCAGCAUCCUCCACACACCUUGCCGACAGGAGGACAGCGGGAGCAGGGCCACAGGAGAGGGCACACAAGAGACCUAGAGCAUCCCUAUCUGACAAGGCCCUGAAACUUCCCUCCCACUGAGGAUCUCAGGACUUGACCUAGUUAUCCCCCAGUUUGCUGCCAAUACUUUAGGAGCAGGCAGGUGUCCAGAUAAUGUCUGUUCCUCUGUGCCCACCCUGCCAGGGAAACAGCUUGGGAAAAAUCUCUUGAAGGUGGGGUCCCUGCUUCUGGCCUAGCUCUCCUGGAGGCCCAGGGCUGUCAGGUGCUACCAAGGUAAGGCCAGCUCUGGAGUGUGGGACAUACAGGCCUCCAGUGGCAACACCUGCUCAUUAAUCAAGCCCUUCCUUUCCCGAACCUGCCCUGGCUUGGGAUGGUGGGAAGGGAGGAGGGCAGAAUCUUUUCCUCCCUUCCUGGCCCUAUGGUGAGAGGCGCUGACUAGUGUGGGCGGGUGGAGACAGGCCCAUCAGAAGGCCUGAGUGAGGCACCCUCUGUACAUGCAGUACAAGCAGGUGGGGAGUGCGGGGAGUAAUCUAAGGAUCUAGAAACAUUUGACAGCAAAGGAAUUUUACCCGCUGGAGCCCUAGGCUUUGUUUCUAAAAGUUUUUAUUAUUCUUUGGAAAAACUUGGAAGCACUGGUUUAUGAAAAUGUUUAGCACUUCAUUGCUACAUGGCCUUUCCAAACACAUCCCCAGAUGUUUUUUUUAAAACCAUGCAGUGGGUCAAGGUUGAUACAGGCAGUUGUUCCAGCUGAGUCCAACUCACCAAAAUGGUGCAGGUGAGGCAAAUUACUUUUGAGGCUGCAAGUACUGUAUAUGUCCAUUAACAAAAACACAGUAAAGUAAAAGACUUUAAGAAAUUGCAAGGACACUGGCUUGGCUGAUUCCUGCUGCUGCAAAUUCCUGGAAGCCAAAAUUCAAAGGCAGAAACGUCUCUGGUGACAGCACCACCACUGCCUUUGACCAAAUUGUAGAUCUGUCACACUCAGGGCUUGCUGCUAGCAUGGGCCUGCCAUUGGCAGCAAGGGGAACUCCAUGGGCCUGUGAGGAGAAACAGCUGAGUUCCUGACUUUAAUUUUCUGGGAGGCUUACCUGAGUCACCUAAUCUCUUGGGGCUGUGGUUUUCUCACCUGUAGAAGGAGGGGCGGGGCUGAUAUCCCUAGAGUCCUUUUCAGCUCUGGGAUUCACGCAUUCUAAGGAAGGUGGCUAGGGUAUAGAACCUCUAAAAAUGUGUAUUGAUUCCUUCAACAAAGUUUCAAUGAGCACCUGCCUUGUGCCAGAAACCCACCACUGGCCCAGAAACCCAAGCAUCUGCCGGCCUGCCUCCUGCAGCUGCAGCAACCUUUGCAAGCCAGCAGAGCCCCGCUUUCUACAGCCUGUGGAAACAAUGGUUCUAAAUUUGCAGAUCUUCUCAUCAAGACAGGAAGUCAUGAAACAUGAUAGAAUAGAGGAACUGGUCUCAGUUUGCACAUGCCAUCAGUUUCACAAGACAGGAAUCAACGAUGGCCAAUUAUCACACUCAGGAACUGAAAAUGAUUAGAAAAAGUGGCAAAGAUGCUAUGGCAACCAUUGGCUGGUGUUUGGCCUCCAGCACUCAUUCCCCUUUGCUUUAGUGACAGCACCCUAACUUUCCUCCCUGCAUCAUGUGGUAACGGAAGCAUUGUCUCCAGGACACCCUGCCUGAGAGACAGGCAUAUGAGCCAGCCAAUCAGAUUCCUUCCCUGCAGGGAUGCACUGGGUGGACAGCAUGGUGGUAGCACCUCUCGCCCAGGUGGGGGUGAUCUGUGGGACUGGAGUCAGUCCUGUCACUGAGAAGACCCCAGGAUGGGCGUAGCUCCUGUCCUGGACUUGAUUUUCCAGGCUGGUAGUUAGAGAACAGGACUGAUGCAGAUUCAGGGGAGGUGUUUUUUUUGUUCUCAGUUCCUUUCUUGAAAUGACUAUUAUCUCUGCUAGCUACUGUAGCAAAAAUCUGGAAAACAUGAUGUUUCUUGAUUUAUGACAUUGUUGCUGUUACUUCAGGAAUUUCUGCCUGCUUCUCAUAAGCCAGCAGAAACUCAGAAAUGUUACAUUUCUUAAAGAGUCAUUGUAAUUAUUAUCUGAAUGAGAUGAUAAUGUUUUGAAUUUAACGUAAUAAACUCUAUCUCCUGCCUUAGCACCUUCACAUCUUCAUGUUGCCCCUCCCUUUAAGACAACAUUUCUGAAACUUUGAAAUACACGAGGGAAGAAAAAGUGUUUUCUGUAUCUCCACAUCACCUUAAAGUGGAAUUUAUGAAGAAAAAUGUUCAAAUAUAUAAAUUUUAAGUCCUCUCCUUGAGUUUCUAUUAUUAGGUUUUUGUUUUGUUUUGAGACUGAGUCUCACUCUGUUGCCCAGGCUGCAGUGGCACAGUUUGCUCACUGCAACCUCUGCCUCCCGAGUUCAGAUGAUUCUCCCUGCCUCAGCCUCCCAAGUAGCUGAGAUUACAGGUGUCCACCACCAUGCCGGCUAAUUUUUGUAUUUUUAGUAGAGACAGGUUUCACCAUGUUGGCCAGGGUGGUCUGGAACUCCUGACCUCAGGUGAUCCACCCACCUCGGCCUCCCAAAGUGCUGGGAUUACAGGCGUGAGCCACUGCACCCUGCCUAUUUAUUAGUUUUAAAAACAUACAUUCCUUUGGUUUUAAUUUUGUAUUGUUUAAAUACAUGUUCACUGAAACAAUGCAAGAGUGUAAAAAGUCCAAAUUGAAAGACCCCUCUCACCACUCCUAUUUCCAAGGAUUACCACACUGAUAGUUUGUGGUUAAACAUACAAAUAUAGAAAUAACUUUAAAUAAAAAACGUAUAUGAGAUUAUGCCAUCUCAUAUUUUCAGGUUAACAUUGUUCAACCUGGUCUUUUCUCUCAACUGUCGUGAUCAUCCUUCCUCAUACAUACAGAUGACCAAACUCAUAUUUUAAGGCUGCAGAUAUUUCAUUGCAUAGGGAUGUACCAUCCUAUAUUAAUCCACCCCCCCAAUUAAUCUGCCUAAUUGAUAUAUAUUUUGGUGGCUUCUGAUUCCAGUUUUUGCAGGUACAAACAGUGCUACAGUGAAUAUUCUUUUUUUUUUUUUUUUUUGAGAUGGAGUUUUACCCUUGUUACCCAGGCUGGAGUGCAAUGGCACAAUCUCAGCUUGCCUCCCAGGUUCAAGUUAUUCUCCUGCCUCAGCCUCCUAAGUAACUGGGAUUACAGGCAUGCGCCACUAAGCCUGACUAAUUUUGUAUUUUUAGUACAGAUGGGGUUUCUCCAUGUUGGUCAGGUUGGUCUUGAACUCCCAACCUCAGGUGAUCCGCCUGCCUCAGCCUCCCAAAGUGCUGGGAUAC